AUGGGCCGGUUCAACAACGAAACCCUGGAGGUGCAAGAGUUAAGGAUUGACAUGCUCGUGAGCAUCCUCAUUCACGGGCUCAGGAAGAGUUCUUUCGCAUCCGCCCUCGCGCGAGACCCGCCCGUGGACGUCGAACAAUUAAUGGCAUUAGCACAGAAGUAUAUCGACGAAGAGGAGAUGAACGCAAUGAAAGAUUCAGAACGAAGAGAGCGAGAUUACAUCCCUAGGCGACCUCAAGAGGGCAGGGGAGGAGGAAGUGACAAGCCUAAAACGAAGAAGCGGAAGGAACCCAAGUACAUCCCGAAGUACCACAACUACACUCCUUUAGCCAUGUCGCGAGAGAAGGCCCUGAUGAUGGUUGAGAAUGUUGACGUGUUGAAGUGGCCCAGACAUACGAGGUACACCCCCACCAAGAAAACUUCUAACAAAUACUGCCGUUUCCAUCGGGAGAGGGGACACAAUACCGAGGAAUGCUAUCAGCUGAAGGACGAGAUCGAAAGGCUCGUUAGGCAGGGGUAUUUUCAAGAUUGCGUGCCCCCAAAUUGUAAAAUCGGUGGGGAAGGGAGGAGAAGCAGAUCGAGAAGCCGCGAUCGGGAUAGAAACCCGGGCCCAUCAAAAACCGACAGGGCCCCGACGGCCGGAAACAAUGCACCCACCAAGGGUGUCAUAUACACGAUCGCAGGAGGACCGACCGUGGGAGAUUCGAGCCGAACGCGGAAGAGAUGUGCUCGAAUAACCGUUUCGAACCGAGAAAGAGAAUUCGUGUUGAAAGUAGAAACAGAAGAGGCUAUCUCUUUCGAUGAUUCAGACAGACCGAAGGAGAUCGAGGACAUGAACGAUCCCAUGGUCGUUAAACUGGACAUCGCCAACUUCACAGUCCACAAGGUAUUGGUCGACAGUGGGAGUUCGGCUGAUAUCAUCUUCAAGAAUGUGAUCGAUAAAAUGGGUUUGGAGAAUGCCCGCCUCGAGCCGAUGAGGACCACUUUGGUGGGAUUUGGAGGCAGUGAGGUCGCUUCGUUGUGA